GGCCGGACUUCUGCCAGCCUCAGGAUGGCCUUGGCUGUCCGUGCUUCAGCUGUGGGGCUGAGAGCUUAAAAGUUUCCCGGGGGAAGGCCAGGGUUUCCCCUGUCCCAAGCAGAUCUGGAUGGGGGGGACCUUGUCAUCAUGGAGGGGGUACUAUACAAAUGGACCAACUAUCUAAGCGAUGUGCCCUGCUCUGUUUCUUUCUAGGCUGGCAACCUCGGUGGUUCCUACUUGCAGGAGGUGUGUUAUCCUAUUAUGACUCACGGGAAGAUGCUUGGAAAGGCUGUAAGGGGAGCAUCCAGAUGGCAGUUUGUGAAAUACAAGUUCAUUCUACAGAUGAUACACGCAUGGAUGUGAUGAUUCCUGGAGAACAGUGCUUUUAUCUGAAGGCUAAAGAUACAGCUGAAAGACAAAAAUGGUUGGUUGCCCUGGGAACUGCCAAGGCUUGUUUGACAGAUAUUCGGACAUUGAAAGAAAAAGAAUUUACAGAAAACACUGAACUAUUGAAAACAAAAAUGGCAGAGCUUACGUUGUAUUGUGACCUCCUGGUUCAGCAAGUGGAAAAAAUUAAAGCAACUACUAGUUCACAUGUUCAGCAUGGAAUUAAUAUGGGAGCACUAUUAAACUCCAGCUGCACCACAUUCUUGAAGACCCUUGAAGAAUGUAUGCAGAUUGCAAACGCUGCCUUUUCUUCUGAAUUGCUUCAACGUAUUCCAGGAGGAACUUCGUAUUCAGUUAUUCACAAAUUAAACAAGCUGAAACUUCCUGCCAUACUUAGCCGCAGUGUAACAGAAAGGAAGAUGGAACUAAAGAACUGUGAAAAUGGAUCUAUUUAUAAAAAUAUCACCCUUCUUGAAAAAUCUCUAAUUGCGAAACCAACCCCUGUACCCCUGAAGAUGAGCGAAAUGGAAGGUGGCCACAGUAAAGAUGGAGAAAACAAGCUGCUGCCACAAGAGAACAAUCAAGACAACAAACCUCUAGAGCCUUUAGUAGAAGCUGUAAACAGAUCAACAGACAUUCCUACUUUCUUCAGUGCUAUGAACUAUAGUUUUAGUGAUAUCAAGCUUUUUGAGGAUGGAGGAAUACCAACAGAAGAAUUUCUGAACUCUUGUUACGAAAUAGUUCCAGUCUUGGACAAACUUGGACCAACAGUCUUUGCUCCUGUUAAAAUGGAUUUUGAAGGAAACAUAAAGAAAAUAAAUCAGAAAUACAUAACCAACAAAGAUGAGUUCUGUACCCUUCAGAAAAUUGUCCUCCAUGAAUUGAGCACCGAAGUGGCCCAAAUUCGACACUCUGCUACACAGGCCCUCCUCUGGCUUAAAAGGGGUUUAAAAUUUUUGAAGGAGUUCUUGACAGAACUAAGGAAUGGCGAGAAAAACAUCCAGACAGCGCUGAAUAAUGCAUAUGGCAGAACAUUACGACAGUACCAUGGCUGGGUUGUCCGAGGUGUUUUUGCGCUAGCUCUAAAAGCAUCUCCCACAUACGAAGGUUUUGUGUCUGCAUUGUCACUUAGAGAAGGUGAUAAUCAAGAAGAAGCUUUUUAUAUCGGAAUGCAGCGGGACCUUAACAUUUACCUACCAGCCAUGGAAAAGCAGCUCAACAUCUUGGAUGCACUGUAUGAAGAACAUGGACUGGAGUCAGAUGAAGUGGUCUGAUCUUAGCCGGAACAGUGCUUUGCGUAUUCAGGGAUCGUGUCCAUCAAUGUAGCUACAUUGCUCUUUUCCCAGAAAGCUGUAUCUGUUUCUGUUUUGUUCCAUGCUUGGGAAAGGACUCCAUGCUUCAUCUUUUUUUUUUUUUAAUAUACAGUUUUAAAAAAUACUUGUUUUGUGUUUUAAAUCCAAAGGUGCUAUAUAAUCUAGCUGGGUUCUGCCUAUUUUUAUGGCAAAGUCUAACAGAGUAGAUCUGUUGCUUAUUUGCUGAAUAAGAGGCCAAAUAUGGCAGUGGUUCCAAUAUGAAGAACUUGCUGGAGCAUUCAUUCCAACACAGUGAAGAACAGAAGAUAGACCUGUAACUGUAAAACUCAGCCAGGAUAUCCAGGUUACACAUCCCAUUCAAAGUAGGGUCUGUCUUGUAAGUGAUUAGUAUCACAACUACCUCUGUUGCUCUCCCUUCCUUUGCGGAGUCCAUCACUGAAUUUUGAAACAGUUAGCUGUAUCUAUUAAGGGAGCUGCAGCAAUGAAUCAACUCCAUUCUGGUUACAGGAAUGAUAGAUGAGCUCUUAAUUACUCUUACGUCUUCUGUCCUAAAGUGGUGUUUUAAUUCUGCACAAGAAACACCAUAAAAAAAUAUGUCAGUGUUGAUUCUGACUCUCUGCCCUGUGCCAUAGUUGGUCCUGGUCCUUCCCAGCACAAAAGCCAAAUGCCCAUGGGCUCUAGGACUGGAAGUACAUACCUAACAUCAUAUAAUGCAGAAGUGCUCUAAUCUCAAACAGACCUGCUUUGGAUUGAGCAGAACUUGGUAAGAACUGCAGUGCCAGAGUUUUCCGUUUUCAUACUAGAAGCCUACAUUCUGUGUCCUUGUCUAGCACUAACAAGUCUGGAUUACAAGGACUAGAUUUAGAACAGAAUGAGAAUUAAGUGGUUGGUGAUCAGUCCAUAAAAGUGGGAAGCCUUUAGCAUUCUAUAUAGGCUGGGUCAUCUUUAUGAAUGUGCUCAAAGCAAACUUAGGCACUCUGGCAUCUUUAGGAUAUAAAUUAUUAGGAGCUGUUAGAAAUUUCAAAGAAAACUUUUGAAAUUCUAGAAUUAGAAAACUAAAUUUGGUAUCUGGAUAUAGAUGUGUGAUGAUCUAGUUGGGUGAAAAAUUGCAAAUCUAUAAAGUUCAGGGACAUUCUAUAAUUUAGCUAGGCAGAAGUGCUGUCAUUCAUAAACACCUGUAUUCAGGUCAAUAGAAUUAUUGUAGAAAAUGGUAUUUUUCCAUCUUGAUGAAAUGCAAUGAUCUGAUGACUCAGGAAAUCCAGAGGCUUAUUGUAUUAUUUCUUUUUUUAAAGCAUUUAUAUCCUGCUUUUAUAUUCAAUAUUCAAAGUAGCAAGCUUGGAAUUCAUUAGAGAAACAUUUAGCCAAUGGCCUUAUCAUGUCAUUUUGUGAACAAUUGGUGCAUGAAAUCUUUUCCAUCACCCAUUUAUAUACCCAUGCUCUUUUAGAAAUAGUUUCUCCUUGAGGUCAAGAGGCCAUGUUAAAAAAAGAAAAAAGGAAAACAGAUUUUUCUGUACUGAAUGUACAGUACUGCAGUUAGAACCUUGAGGCACUUUAUAAAUAAUUUUUGUUAAUAUUCUAUCUUGGGGGAGUUUCCUGCUUGUAAAUAUUAUUAAUUCCCUCAAAAAUAAUGCUUUUGUUUCAGUAGAAAAAGACAAAAUCACAAAAUUACUUUCAUAUCUAAACUAUGAAAUUACCUUCCAACUUUGAUUUUAUGGACCAGUGUUUCUCAGCCUUAGCAAAUUUAAGACAUGUGGACUUCAACUCCCAGAAUUGUUCAGCUGGCAUUGCUGGGUCAUCUAUAUGAAUAUGAUUAAAGCAAACUUAGGGCACUCUGGCAUCUUUAGGAUAUAAAUUAUUGGGAGCUGUUAAAAAUUUCAAAGAAAACUUUUGAAGUUCUAGAAUUAGAAAACUACAUUUGGUAUCUGGAUGUACAGUAGAUGUCAGAUGAUCUACUUGGGUAAAAAAUUGCAAAUCAAUAAAAUUCAGGCACAUUAUAUAAUUAGCUAGGCAUAAGUGCUGUCAUUCAUAAACACCUGUUUUCAGGUCAAUAGAAUUAUUGUAUUGCUGGCUGGGGAAUUCUGGGAGUUGCUUAAAGUUGCUAAAGUUGAGAAACCCUGUUAUAGACGGUUAACAGCAUUUCAAGCUGGGGCAGGGGAGCAUCUUUUAAUUUUCUUUUUCUCACCAUGUGAAAUCCAAAGUGAAGAACCUCUGGCUAGUUACUUUAUUUAGUUCACUGCCUACAACCAAACUGAGUAUGGAAAUUAAUAGAAUAAUUGGGUAGAGCUUCAAGAUGGAAGAAAAGGAUGGACAUCAAGUCCUUAACCCUGCUAACUUUCAGUGGCCAGAAUAGGUAUCUGAAAAUAGCUUUUCCUUAUUUUAUCCCCCUUCCAGCUUGUCAUUCCUUUUUCCUGCCAUUGGGGCAUGAGAGGGAAUUAAUUACACCAGCUUGGGGACUGUCUUAGUUAAGGACUUUGGGGCAGGGGGGAGGUCAUAUAUCAGCUUUUCAGCACCCUUCCCCCACCCAGUGUUCUAUUUCUGCUUCAUCUGUCAGAGCACCACUAAUGGGAGAUCUACAAGCUUUCUGCAGACACCUUGGGGCAAAGCUGGUUUGGGGGAAUCCAUCAGCAUAAGUGCCAUCUUACCAGUGGGUCCUUCUCUCUUCUACCAGAAUGGCCCCUGGACUACCUUGGGGUUUUCUCAUUUAAGACAACACCAAAGCAUAUCUGAGCAGAAUUUAGCAUAAUGAUGACGUGAUCAGGCGAUACAUUGUUCUCCAUGCUUGGUUCUUUUUGUUUGCUUACCCACCAUGCCAGCCUUGUUUGACAGUUUGGUAGUGGUGACAGUGAAUGUAAUUUGAGCUGCAAGCUAUGCACCCAUCUACAUGCUGGUUAAGGUCAGCCUGCUCUUUUAGUUGUGUGUCAUAUUUUGCCAUUGUUUUAUAUAAACCAUUUUAUUAUUGUUUCUUAUCACUAGGCAUUCUUUUACUGUCAUGUUCUCUUAACUAGAUGGUUUUCUUACUUGAUGAAGGGUCAUGUCAUUUAUCAUCAGAAACCUUGCUUUUCCAGUGAAUAUGAAAUUCUGGCAGUCACCCCACAACAAUAUAUAUGCUGUGAAGUUAUCGUUCAUAUUACGGUAUGUUGCCAUUUCUAGACAUCAUGCUUUCAUCAAGCCAAAUUAUGUGAUUGUAAUGUCUAGUGAGUAUGUUAUACAGUAUGUCACAUUAUGUGGUUUGUGAUGAAAAAUGCCUUUGUUCUCUGAUUCUGAGAAAUGUUAGCUUUCUAUUGGGAACUGGAAAAAUAAAGAUGCAGUUUUCCACUAAAUAGGGAAGUUUUGUGUAGGCAGCUACGAUAACUUGUAAUACCGCUAAGCUUGGAUGUGACUUGCUUUACUUCGAUGAAAUGAAUGGUAGCCCUGGCUGGUUUAAAUCAGUUAAUUCUUUCUCUGUUAAUUACAUAUUCUCAGGGAUUUGAGCAGCAAGGCAAAAAUAACAGUCAGUAUUUUACAGGGAAGCUGAUUAUUCAUGUAAAUAUACUACAGAUCAGUGUCAUAUCUCUGUUCCUAUUCUAAACUGUUUGGGACUUGGGUAAAAUAUGAUAAAGCAAUUAGGAAUAGCACUGCAUAAACUGCAAUUGACUUGUAUGAUUUGCAUACAAUACUGUAAAUCUCUAUCAAGUAACAUAUAGCAAAACUGUUAGAUCUUCACCCUGCCCUCAGUAGGCUGAAUGUAUCAUUUUGUUUUGAUAAUUUAUAAUAUUCCUUUCUUUUAAAAUAUGUCCUGCAAACAAAAUUCCCAUAUUCUGAAGCAUGUUUUCGGAUUGGCGAUAACAAUGUAUUGUUGCAAGAUGCAAUGAAAUGUUCCAUUAUAGCAGGAUCCUUAAUUUAAGCAUAUUCUUCCUGCUUCAAAAAAAAAGGCAAAUGGGUAACAUCAUAAGAGCCAUGACAAGUAACAUCUGCAGAAUUCUGCCAUCCUGCUGGUUUGUUUUAUCUUUUUCAUUUUGUUAACAUACUCCAUGCCUUGAAAAUGGACAAUGUUUCUUCAGUUACUUUGAACUGCAAUCCAGAGAUGAUGAUUUCUCCCCUUAUUGGAAACAACAGUAUAUAGAAUGCAAUCUCAUUGACACUGAUAAUAAACGUUGGAUUUUAUUGUCUC